GCCGUUGGGUCACACGCAGAAUGUUGGAGCGGAAGGAAGGCACCUGGGUCGUGCAGCCAAGCUCAAUGGUAACACCCCCUCGAUCUGCCUGAGAGGACAUCGGCGGUUCCUGCGGGGGGGUGCGGCUUCCCACAUCCCUCACCCCCAUCUCCUUCUCCGCCUUUGGAGAAGCGUGUGAGGUGGGCACACGCACGCCUGGCGCCAUUACCCGCGGGGCCGCGGCUCCUCUUCGCCCCGCACUCCUCCGCCUUCCCGAGGUGCAACGGCCGGGCGCCCAGCCGGGGGCGGAGGGGGGGGGAAGCACGUGAUCGGCAUGGCGUGCGGGAGGGAAAGGGAGUGGGAUCCGUCUGCGAGUCGCCCGGAACCCGCCAGCUGAAGAGCGUGUGGCGAUCGCCACUCAGAAAACCGGGGAGGGGAGGGGGCCAGGGCGAAGGAGGGGAGACGAAGGUGACGCCGCGCAGGGAGGAGUAAAUCGGCCAGCAGGGGUUAGCGUUGGGGAGGAGUUGGGCGAGCUGCAGAAAUUAGCACCUAGAGGUAACCGCCCUUCUGCAGCCGCGGGAUUCUGGGAACCGAGGGAGGCCGUGCGAGCAGUCCUUCCCUCUCUUGGAAGGGUUUGGAGGGUGUUCCGAAAAGAGUAACCCCACCCAUUCCCCCCGGGAGCGAGGUGGGGUGGCAGUUUUCGGGCGCCAAUACCCCUACAGCCAUCAAAUGCAACGUAGGUGGGCGCAUUCAGGAUCCGAAUAAGCAUCGAGGCACCGUGGUUGAAGAAAGAAAUUGGAGAGGGCGAAGCUUGAAUUUGUCCGUGGAUGUUUUUAAACUGGAUGAUUAACACCGAUCGUUCCGAGGAUUAUUGAUGGGCGUGGAUUUGAGGAAAAAGGACGAGAGUAGCGUCUGUUUUUCCGCGCGAGAGUGGUGGUAUCCUAUGGGCCUCUCUUGACGACAGUUUUGGAUAUCUCUUUCUCUCUUCUCUCACUUUCUCUCUUGGGCGGUUUUAACUUCAAAAGAAUAUGGAGAAACAGCAGGUAGUACAUACAGAACAAGAGAGCAAUGCCCCAGCAAACUCUGGCACACCUGCUGCAUACUUUGUCAUCCUCAAGCAGGCUCCUGGCAGUAGCGGCACUGAGCGCAGCAUGGUCGUGGCCAAACAAGAACUUGGGGGUAUUGGUUGCCUUCUGGAAAAAAGAAACAAAUUAGUACCAGGGACAGCUGGUCAUCCAUUUGAGUGCCAUUCUGGGAAUGUUUGUGUCACUUUGGAGAACCAGGAUAUGUGGAAUCAGUUUUACAAGCAUGGCACAGAGAUGGUCCUAACGAAACGUGGCCGGCGCAUGUUCCCAUACUGCAGAUUCUGCAUCUUGGGCCUGGAUCCUUUGAGGAAGUACAUCUUGGUAAUGGAUAUUGCUCCCGUUGACAACCACCGCUACAAAUGGAAUGGUCGGUGGUGGGAAGUAAAUGGUAAAGCAGAACCUCAUGUCCUUGGAAGGGUGUACAUUCAUCCCAAUUCACCUUCCAGUGGGAGCUACUGGAUGAGGCAACCCAUAUCCUUUCAUAAAUUGAAACUUACCAACAAUACUUUAGACCAGGAAGGUCACAUCAUUCUUCAUUCCAUGCACCGGUACCUGCCACGUUUGCAUAUCAUCCCUGCUGACAAGUUAACUGAUGUAAUUCCCCUCAAUGGCCCGAAUGUGCACACCUUCACUUUUCCACAGACUGAGUUUGUGGCUGUAACUGCUUAUCAGAACAUCAAGAUCACUCAGUUGAAAAUAGACUUCAAUCCAUUUGCAAAGGGUUUUCGAGAUGAUGGGCUGAACAGUAAGCCAAUGCGAGAACUGAGGCACCAGGGCGGUGAAUCAAUGGAUGCAGGUUGCAGCGAUGAUUCUGCCUCAUCCAACAGUGUUGCGACUGAAUCCAGUGAGCAUUUAAGAUUUAAAACUGGGGAAAGAUCUGAAAUGGAGACUGAGCACAGAAAAAAACAGUUUAAUAUCCAUGCAUCUCCAGAUUCCAGUUUAGAUGGAGAUUUGUAUAACACCGAUGAAGAUGAAGAUUGCCUGGAAGAUGACGUAUCAAAAAUAAAUGAACCUCGUGGAGGAAUAAGAAUCAUGAAGAAGAGAUCAACUGAGAGCAUCUUGAAAUGUCUACCUAAUGUUUAUUCAACACAUCCAUCCAGUGUUGCAUCAUCUGAAGACCAUGAAGAGCCUUUUAAUAUUAUUGUCAAGGAAGAGCCUCCAGAUGACUAUGAGUACAACCGUGCAGCAAAUUCAGUGGACCUUGAUUGUGAUAGACUAAAAUGUAAAGAAGAGGAGGAAUAUUUAGAUUCAGAGGGACAGCAUGACAGGACUAAUUGUGAAUUAAUUAAUAAAACUAUUGACAAAAAUGAAGUGGAUGCAACUUCUCCUGCAGCUACUAAACGGCCACUGAACAGUCCUACGGGAGUCGCUAAAGCCAAAAUGCUGCGUGUGGAAAGCACCAAAGUGCCUGUAGUUUACUUGGAACCAUGUACUGUUACAAAUGGUACCAUAAAAAUAUCUGAACUGCCACAAAAGCUGUUGUCUCCUUGUCGGAGGAAUGGGGGUCCUCUGCCUACUGUUCCUCAUUCAACAGAUUCGGCAGAAAGACCUACCCAGUCACCUAGCUCUGCUGAAAAGUCUCAAGUGGAGGAUGUGGAUUCGACAUCAGAAUGCUCUGGACGCAAAGAAAGAAACUCUGCAUCAGGAAGAACUGAAAAUAAAACUAGCACCUCUACAGUUCCAAAUAAUCCAACUGCUUCAUAUAGUACACCCUCUCAGAAGCCUGCUGGAGAAGGUUUCAGAUUUCGUAAGAUUAAAUAUACUGAAAAAGCACUAAAUUCUGGCAUUUGGAAAACUCCAAGCAGAGCAUUUCUUAAUUCUACCGAGGACUUGCCUGAGUUAUCCAGUUGCUCUAAGUCUGCACAUUUGUCUACUAAGGCAUUCAGUUCUGGGAUCUGGAGACCUCCAGAUGGUAGAACUGACUCUACUAGGGAAAUCUCUGUACCUCGUUCCGAUUGCAAGUCUUCACGUAUGUCAGUGCAGCAAGCCAUAGCGGCUGCUUGUAGGCGAGGUCGAUCAAAAAAGCUGCAGCUAUCUGCAAAACCUUCCCAUUCUGCCUUGGAAGCAGGUUCUUCUUUGGCUUCCUCUGAACGUCUGGAACGGGAAGAAACAUUUCAUGAUGCCAGUCCAGACCUGGAUGAUGUGGAGGGUGUUACCUUUGUUUCAUAUGCAUCUCAGGAUGCCCUGCAAUCCCACCUGGUUGAACAGAUGUCAGAAGACCAGAGCAAUGCCAUCCAUCAGACAGAUCUUCAAGAAAGCGAAGAAGAGAAAAUUGAACGGCUAGAAGAGCAGCUGCUUGAGGACUUGGCUCAUUUAGACCCCAGAGUUAUUAUGCACCCAUUGCUUGAACAAGCUGGUCUUAAGCCAAGUUCCUUGAUGUCAACAGGCAGCCUAAACCUGAAACGCUUAGGAGUGGUAAUAUCAGCAUCAAUUGUUAGACAUGCUCAGAGAGACAUCUUAGAACUUUCUCCAAUCAGAAAAGUCCAGGAUCCUUUAGAAGAAGAAGUUUCCUUUGUUUCAAGAACAGGAAAAACAAAUGAUUUCACGAAGUUGAAGGGCUGGAAGCAAAAGCUUGGGCAACAAUCAGGGUCUUCUACUUCCAAGCAGACUGAAGCAAGCACCAAACAAGAGGGCUCCAUGAAAAAUCGUUCUGUUUUCUCAAGUGACAAAUUGGAUGAAUACCUGGAAAAUGAAGAGAAAAUUAUUAAAGAGCGUGCUGCUCUGUGUGUGAACAAAAUAUCAAAGGUUGUAUAUCAAAUGCCCACCAAAAGUUCCAGUUACAUCCGUACAUUGGAUAGUGUUUUAAAACACCAGGCAUCCCAAGCCGACUGUAGAGGGUCCCGCUCAUCCAGCCGAACUGUGAUUUCUCCACAGUCCAUUUCUGUUGGCUCUGUUUCCAAAAGCAACAAGCAGAUUGGGAUGGCCAUGGAACCUGACUCAGCCAGCAAAGAGCAGAAGUCUGCAAACAAUGCAAAAGUGGCCUCGAUGCCAGCCAGAUCAUCAGCUAAAACCUCCAGUUUGCGGCUGUCCUCUGCACCCACAAGACCUCCAGGGUUAUCCAAAAAGCAGAUAAAGUUGAUGAAUCUGGAGAAUGGUGCCCUCUGGGCUGGGAAGCCAAGGACUUACAUCACAGAGGAGCGAGCAGAGGCAUCCCUCGUUACUCUACUAACAGCACAGGGAUCGCUAUCAUCAAGGAAACAUAGAGUGAUAUCUAGGCAAGUGCCACUGUGUAAGAAUGAAUUCUGUCGUUUGGGCUGCAUCUGUUCUAGUCUCUCGCACGUGAAACAGCCACCCAAACAUUGCCGAAAGCCAGAGUGCAUGUUCAGUUGUAAAUGUCCGAAGCGGAAGGUGUUGGUGCUAAAGUCAUUUGCGAGGCGUAAGAAGCAGGUGAGCAAGGCCCUCAGAGAAGAUUUGAUAUUCUACGAUGCAUUGGCUGAGGAUGAGGAUUGGAAACCAAGAGCCAAAAAGAGGAAAAGGAAGAAGGUGGUUGAAUAUGCAAUUCCCGAGCCAGAACAACCUGUACGUUCUUAUCCCCUGUGGGUUCGUGAGGAGGGGGAGGUGGACCCUGAACCAGUCUACACUGCACCUCACUUAGAAUCCUGCCAUGCUAAUAAAAAUCCCCAGUUGUCCCAACCACAAUCUCCACUUAGUCUAAAAGAGUCUGGAUCCACUGAAGUGCAAACAGUACAGUCAACGCCUGCAAGUUCACCAAAGCCCUCUGAGGUUGAUGAAAAGGGUCCCGUGUACUGGUAUUUUGAGAGUAUGAUGACCUGUGCACGCGUUCGUGUCUUCGAACGCAAGGAUGUUGAAAGGUCCAUAACCUGUACUUGCAGUCCAAAACAUUGCUGUAGACGGGGAAACAGUAAGGUGAAUAACAAUGGAACAGUUACAGCAUGCAAGUUAAAGUGGUGCAGUGACUCGACACCCAGAGAAGAACUAGACUCUGAGAAAUUGGAUGGUUUGGAGAGCAACUCAACAUCACCGAAUGCUGCUCAGAUGUGCAAAUGGAAGAGAAAAGAGAAGACGGAAUCACCUUUACACUGUGGCAGUCCACAGGGAGAAAGUACCGGCCUUAAGUCAGAAGAGCCACAAUCAUCAGUGGAGUCAAAGAAUACACCCAAACUGAUUGAGAUUAUUUCAGAUUGUAACUGGGAAUCAGAACGUGCAAAUAUUCUUGGAGUUCUUGCUCGGUAUACUGCCAAUAAGGGAAAUUUGGAGAAAAUUCGAAUUGGUAAUUUCCUUGUUGAGAUUGUGUCAAAUUAUGGAAAAGGUCAAGAUGCUUCACCUGGAAGUGUGCUCAUUUCUAAUUCUGUAGUAAAGAUUACUCAGUCCAGUGACAAAGAGGGAAAUGCCAAAAAUUCAGUUUGCAGUAUGUUUGUUCAAACUGCCUCCAAAUCUUCUGGACUGAAGCUGACUGAAACACGACCAAUUGCACCAAAAGAAAAGUUACCAACAUCUACCAACAGCACUGUGGGGGAAAAGGAGGUAACCCCAGUUCAAUUAGGCUCAAAAGUGGCGAGCAAGCAAAAGCCUGUCUCUUCUACAGCAACAUCAACUUCUCGGAAAAGUGGUAUGAUUCAGUUUACUGGAAAUGCCAGUGGUGAUACAAAGCUGACUCUAGGACAGGUUGGAGCUCUUCAUCCAGUGAAUUGGGUGAUAGCUAACCUGAAAAAGAAUAUAAAAUCAGUUGAACCAGUCAACCAGUCCACUUCUAGUACAGUUGCCUCAUCAACUUCUGCUGAUUUUCCCUCAAAACAUCUAACUUCUUGUACCACAUCCCCUGGCAGUGAAGUUUCAAGAGAUACCAAUGAUGCUGCACCUGUUAACCAGGCCAAAGGGAAUUAUACUGCUCCUGACAACUACACUCAUCUUGCAAUAAAUAAAGUUGGAGCUUUGUGGAAAACAAAAUCAUGUUUCAGUCCAUUGGAGCCAGAGUGCAGCAGGCAGCAGCUUGGUACUCCAUUAUCCAAAGUCAGCACCAAUGUGUCGGCAGGUAUUUCUCCGUUAACAACAGUUAAGGUUAUGCCAGCUACCCCAGGUUCUGACCCUCUCACACCUGGUACGUCACAAAAGAGCAUUUCAAUGGUUGCAGUAAGCACAGGUGUUGUCUACACAGCUGGAUCCCGUUUAUUAAAGAGCUUCGAGACUACCAAUGCAGUAGGGUCACAAUUCUCUGGAAUGCCAGCAGCAAAGAGACUUAGAGAAGAGAGUGUUGUAACUACUAGCACAGUCGAAACUCCAGCAAAAAGUACAGCGUCUACUCAUUUUGCUGUUAUAUCUGCAAGUGCUUCAGGAGUCAGGACAAUGCCAACGUUAGCAAAAGUGCUUUCCCCCAGUGCCUCUACCAUAACUGCUACUGCUGUAACAAAUACUGUUAAUACAAGAACCACCAUUAUGUCAGUAGCACCGAUGGCAAACAAGACUCCAGGGUUACCUAAACAUCCUGAAACUUCCAACUCUACUUCUCCUGAUUUGCCUAAAGCUACAAAAACUGAAGGACCACAGCUCCUUUUGAUCCCAAUGCAGUCUGGUCCUCCUGUCCGACCUGUCCAGAAUCUGCAGCUCACACCUGGACAGAAGAUGAUUCUGCAGCCCCUCAGAUGUCCAGGUGGGAAACUCUUUCAACACCCAAAUGGCCAGAUUAUCCAACUUGUGCCUUUACCAAAUUCUGGUCCUGUGAGUCGACCAAAUCUUCACCAAAUGGUCACUCUUGCUGUACGGAAUCCAGGCUCAGUAAGUGAAAUCCGCUUACCUACCCCCUCAAAGUCAGGCUCAGUGGUUCCAUCUUCCAGCAAUACUACUCUACGUCCUAAAGGGAUAAUACCACAAAGAGGAAGGCCACGUUCUGCUCCUGUUGCAAAAUCUGUGUGUGUUGCGUUGAAGCAGACCUCUGCUACUCAACCCAUUUCCCCAGCAGUAUCGGAGGUUCCUGUAACAACUACCUCACAGGCAAAGUUUGUAACUGUUAAUGGUGUUGGUCAAACUAUCAAUGCAAGGCAUCUGGUUCCCCUUCAGCCAGUGGGAUUUGCUCUACUGCAACUGCCUCCAGGACAGAAAAAUGUGCCAAAUGCCAUCAUAGCCACUGGAGGGCCUUUGAAGCUUGUGAAUCCACCAUCUGGAUCGCAGUCAUCUGAAAAAGCGGGCUCUGAGAAAACUGCCGACCAGGACAGCAAAUUGGAAGAAAAGUUGAUUGAACCUGAGCCAGAGGAGAUUCAUGUUGCAGACUCCGAGCUUAUUGAGACAACAGUUUCUGAAGGUGUACCAGAUGAGGACCAUGUGAAUGCCUACCCAUUGCCAGAAGCUAAACAGGGGACUGAAUGUGAUGCAUUUCCUUCUACACCUUCAAUCAGUGAGGUGGAUGAUGAGUUGGAGGAUGAUUCUAUGGUCCAUCAAAAUGCAUUAGAACACCCUACCCCGGCAGAGUUGGCUGACCAUUCAUAUACCAGCGAAAAGCAGAUUGUGGAAGAAAAUGAAAAUGAAAAUUCUUUACUGGAGAAUUCCACAAGAACUGAAAAAGGAAGUGUCUUUGACAAAGAUACUUCAGAAUCUACUCAUGAAGUUGAUAAGGAGCCAGACGAAAGACCCAGCCUGGAGGAGAAAAAUUGGGUGCAAGAUGAACAAAUGGAAGUGGAGACAGAAGUAAAAGAAAGUUGGUAUGAAACAAGUGCAUUUAAUGCUGCAUUUAAAAGGGAAGAGGAUAUCCAAAAAGAUCCAGAGAAUGAUGAAAUAGACUUUGAUCAAACUUUACUGCAAUAUGCAGACAUUCUGGAAUCUGAUAAAGAUACAGACUCUCAGAGUGACCUGGAGGAUGGUGACACUCAAAGUGAUGCAGAGGAAAUUGAUGUUGAGAAAAUGUUUGACUCAACCUCCAGUGAAGAGGCAGUGGACAUCGAGACUGUGGAGGAACUCUCUGAGAAAAUCAACAUUGCUCGACUUAUUGCUUCUGCUUCCCGCCAUCAUACAAGCAAAACAAAAUGCCAUUUUCACAACCCAUACCUUACGAACAAAUCCCAAGAGGAGGACACUAAACCCAAACCAAAACCCAAUGCUCACCUCAGUAAGGAAGCUAAAGCUCAGCUGGAUGCCCUGGUAGUGUAUCGGACUGCACACACGGUAAAUGAGCGGCGGAGGCGUUCUGAAAUGCGAGACCUCUUUGAAAGGUUGAAGAGAGCACUGGGGCUUCGCAGGGAGGAGAAGGCUUCAAAAUACUUUAUCCUGAAACAGGCAUUUGCAGAAAUCCAGAAUCUGCAGGAUUAUUCUGAUUGUUUGUCAGCUGAGAAAAGUAUCCAGACUCGCAGAAGGGAUUCACUUAUUCGAAAAGUCUCUCUCUUGACAGGGAAGACUGAGGAAGUUAUUUUGAAGAAACUGGAAUAUAUUUGUGCAAAACAGAGAGCACUUGAUGUUGAGAAGAAAAAGUUCAUGCAGGAAGAUGUCACAAGAAAACAGCACUCCAGCAGUUGGAGUGCAGCACUUAGUUCAUCAAUGGACUCUCUCCAGAAGGUGGCCAUGGAUUUGCAGAACCAGAAACCACCCAAUGUCACUAUGCUGACUAGUGGACAGGACUUGGUACCUGAGGCUGGUACUGGAAAACCUCUUAUUCUCACCAGGAAACGGUCAUCAACACCUUCAAAUUCUUCAACCUCCUCCAUCCCUCUGACAGCUGGGAGUUUGCUGAUGACACCACAGGGUCAGGUUCUCACUUUAAAGGGCCCUCUUAUUUCUGGCCAAGCCCCAUUCUUCACUGCUGAGGGACUCCUAAAUGGAAACCAGUCCAAGGGAGAUGGUGUUACUGGAACAAGUAUUGCAGGCAUUGCUUCAGUUACUAUACAACUGCAGGGAUUGCCAGUUCCACUUCAAGUAAACAACUUUACUAUUGCGGGAUCACUCAGUUCUACCCAGACAACGUCUACACAGUUGAGCACCAAACCUGGGAUGGAGGCUGUAAGCUCAGAUUCAGCAGACGUGGGACAAGGGAACAAUGCCAGAUCAAAAGUUGCAGCAGGCUCAGUUGAUGGUGAAGCUUCUUCUUUCAUGAUGCCAAGAAUAGUGAAUGUAACCUCGCUGGCAACUGGGGAAGCCCCAGUGAUGAAUGUAGAAGAGGUGAAUGAUUUUGCAACUGAUCCUCAGCCACUUGACUUCAGCAUGAAAGGGAGGAAACAACAUGCAUCGCAAGGACAGCUGAGUCCUACGAGCAGCAAAAAAUCAAGUUUGUCCGCUAUGAAGAACAGCUCACAGCCAGCUUGGAAGUUUACUGUACCUGAUGAAAGCGAGGUCAUGUCAUUUCUUGUUCCAUCAGAGGCUGCAGAAUCAGAAUGUGCCCGGCAACAAAUGCAGCAGAUUGUAGCAGCUCGUUCAGUGAAUGCUGACAAGAACUCUGAGUUGCCCAAAGCACUGGAUCUAUCUGGCUUGCCUGACGGAACUUCAGUGUCUUGCACAAGGCAGGCUUGGACUCGAGAAGGGGCCCCAGGUGAGUCAGCGUCAGUAACUGAAAUAAUACUUGGAGACAAAUUGGAACUGCAGGUAAUGAGUGGCCGAAUGCAGACAUGCAGCACAGAUAAAGCUGGGCAGAGUGACAGAGAGGCAGAAUUGUCUUCAUCUCAGCUCCUUGAACCAUUGUUGAAAGCAAAUGGCUCAGCAACUGGUGACAUGGACACUGAGGGAUAUGAGCCGUUCACUUCACUUUUAAAUGAGCUUGCGUUUUUAAACCAGCAGUUCUCUGAUGAAGAAAAUCCAGAAUCAUCUUCAAUGUCAGACCACCAUGCAUUGGGCUUUAUUGACAGUGGAAACCAAGGGGACAGCAUGGAUGAAUUGUCGUUGAUCCAUGGACCAGUAAGACUGGUGGAUAUCGACAGUGCUGACGGAGCCACUGUACUGAAGCAAGUGGCAGGAAGGGAGAGUGGUGGCUCCACCAGCCCCCUGGUGUUGCAGCUGGAAGGAGAAGACUUGAAUGUUGAACAGCUGCUUGGCGAUGAGAUGCCAGUGGAUUCUCAGAGUGAGUUGGAUAAUGGAACACUGGACUUUGAGGGCAACUCUACCAGUGGUUCAAGCAGUUCAGUAACUGUUUCCCCUCCCCCACUCAUCCAUAUGAAAGCAACCUCCUCUUCAGCAAACACAGAGAUCCCAAGUUCUUUGGAUAUGCUUUGGAGACCAAUGCCUAAGUUGGCACCCCUUGGCUUAGUUCGAGGACCUGGGAAGGGUGACUCAUCUGUACAGAUUGAUUCAGGGUCUGAGAAUUCUCCAGAGAGUAACAAGCCUAUGCCUGCUUUAGCACGGAUCUCUUCCCCACAACAAACCAGCACGGAGGGUCCGGGGGUUGCUUCAGGAGAACACUAAAACUUUAAAAUACUUCUUUUGCUUCUUGCCAGCUCAUAAUUUUACAGAAAGCAAAAGUAUGUUUGAUCUCUCCAAUGGGGAGUUUAAAUAUGAAAUUGAGCUUUGGAGAUCUGUGGUGAUCAUGCAAUGAGUGUUAUUAAAAUAAUCAGUGCAGGUUUGGAUAAUGGAUCUGAUGUACAGUUUCUAGCUGUUGUCCGUCAUGAAGUUGCACUGAUCACAGCAGAAUGCUGUGGUGCUAUAAUUUGCAGGGAGCUCAGUUAAGCUAGGUAUUCCUAGCUAGAUCGUGCUAUGUGGAAUCUUCCAAUUAAAUAAUUUUGGGACUUUUUGUGCAGUUCUCAAACUUGCCACCUUAAACAUGAAGAUUCCAAGCACAACUUUCUGGGAAGGUGAAUAAAUACCUUUUGUAUGUAGCUUGUAUAAAUGAGUUUUUCAGCUUUGCUUACUAGAGCAAUCAUUGAACUGUUGUACAAAACGCCUUUCUCUCAGUGUUUUGGUAACCUAUUGUUUUGAAUGGCUGAAGGGAUGUUGGUGUAUUUGAAAUGCACCAAAUCUACCUUUUGAAUUUCCUAAUACUGGAACAAAUGUGAUUUUAAAUAGUGUAUUAUGUUAAAACUAAUGGAAAUGAAUUGAUUAUGUUUCGCAGCACAAAUUAGACUGACAAAAUCUAAUGUUUGGUGUGUAUUAGAAGAUGUGUAAAUACUGUAUUUCACAAUAUGGUUUUUAAAAUAUGUAGCAGAGAUUUUUCUUAAGUUUUUUUUUGUUUUCUUUUGUCAAGAUCCCACUAUUUUUUUAGGUAAUUCAUACUGCUAACACAGACCUGAUUAGAACCUCCUGUGGUAAGAGGGCAUGUGUGGCCUUGCAA